AUGGCUUCAAGGUCAUAUUCCAAUUUGUUAGAUCUUACUUCAUGUGGUUCGCCUUUGUCUUUCGGUCGGGAGAAGAAAAGGCUUCCUCGAGUUGCGACUGUGGCUGGUGUUUUGUCUGAGUUAGAUGAUGAAACAAACAACAGUGUUGGCUCUGAUGCUCCUUCUUCUGUUUCUCAAGAGAGAAUGAUUAUUGUUGGUAAUCAGCUUCCGGUGAAGGCGCAAAGGAAAGAGGAGAAUGGUAAGUGGGAGUUUGCUUGGGAUGAGGAUUCUCUUCUUUUACAGCUGAAAGAUGGUCUUGGUGAUGACGUCGAAACGAUUUAUAUCGGUUGUCUUAAAGAAGAAAUCGAUCCAAUUGAGCAGGAUGAUGUUGCUCAGUACUUGCUUGAUAAUUUCAAGUGUGUGCCGACUUUUCUCCCUCCUGAGCUUUUUACUAAAUUCUAUCAUGGAUUUUGUAAACAACAUCUUUGGCCUUUGUUUCAUUACAUGCUUCCGCUUUCGCCUGAUCUUGGUGGUCGAUUCGAUCGAUCCCUUUGGCAGGCUUAUGUUUCUGUCAACAAGAUUUUUGCUGAUAAAGUGAUGGAAGUUAUAAACCCGGAUGAGGAUUUUGUUUGGGUUCAUGACUACCACUUGAUGGUUCUUCCGACAUUUUUGAGAAAGAGAUUUAAUCGGGCGAGGCUAGGUUUCUUCCUCCAUAGUCCUUUUCCGUCUUCCGAGAUAUACCGAACGCUUCCGGUCAGGGAUGAACUUCUUAGAGCCCUUCUGAAUUCUGACCUUAUAGGGUUUCAUACUUUUGACUAUGCUAGACAUUUCCUCUCCUGCUGCAGUAGAAUGCUAGGGAUUGCAUAUCAAUCCAAGCGAGGAUAUAUCGGUCUCGAGUACUAUGGAAGAACUGUUAGCAUUAAGAUUCUUCCGGUUGGUAUUCAUAUAGGCCAGCUUGAAUCGGUCAUGAAUCUUUCCGAGACAGAAAGCAAGGUUGCCGAGUUAAGAAACCGGUUCAAAGGACAAACUGUUAUGCUUGGGGUGGAUGACAUGGAUAUCUUCAAAGGAAUCAGCUUAAAACUUUUGGCCAUGGAACAAUUGCUUUUACAACAUGCUGAUAAGAGAGGAAAAGUUGUUCUGGUUCAAAUCGCCAACCCUGCUAGAGGCCGCGGAAAGGAUGUGCAAGAAGUGCAGUCUGAAACUUAUGCAACAGUGAAAAGGAUAAACGACACGUUUGGAAGGCCUGGAUACACACCGGUCAUCUUGAUCGAUACAACGCUCCAGAGUUACGAGCGGAUUGCUUAUUAUGCAAUUGCAGAAUGCUGUCUUGUUACAGCUGUAAGAGACGGGAUGAACCUUAUACCUUAUGAGUAUAUCAUUUGUAGACAAGGAAAUGAGAAGAUAGACGAGAUCUUAGGAAUAAGCUCGAGUAUCCAUAAGAAGAGUAUGUUGGUGGUGUCUGAGUUCAUCGGUUGCUCUCCAUCGUUAAGUGGUGCGAUUCGGGUGAAUCCAUGGAAUAUUGAUGCUGUUGCUGAAGCUAUGGAUUCUGCAUUAAUGGUCCCGGAGUCUGAAAAACAAAUGAGGCACGAGAAGCAUUACAGGUAUGUCAGUACACACGAUGUUGCAUAUUGGGCGCGUAGCUUCUUGCAGGACCUGGAAAGAGCUUGUAGGGAUCAUCUGAGAAGGAGAUGCUGGGGAAUUGGCUUUGGUUUAGGAUUUCGAGUAAUUGCUUUGGAUCCAAACUUCAGAAAACUAUCUGUGGAACAUAUUGCUUCCGCUUAUAAGAGGACAAAGCACCGAGCGAUUCUUUUGGAUUAUGAUAGUACUAUGGUGCAGCCGGGAUCAAUUAGUACAACACCUAAUGCUGAAUCUGUUGCCAUCUUGAACAGCUUGUGCAGUGACACCAAGAAUUGUGUUUUCCUUGUUAGUGGAAAGGAGAGAAAGACUCUUACCGAAUGGUUUUCUUCUUGUGAGAAGCUCGGACUUGCUGCAGAACACGGCUAUUUCGUGAGGACGAGUCAUACCGAAGAAUGGGAAGCUUGUGUUUCCGUGCCUGAUUUCGACUGGAAACAGAUUGCUGAGCCAGUUAUGCAGUUAUAUACAGAAACUACUGAUGGUUCUAACAUAGAGUCCAAAGAGAGCGCUCUUGUUUGGAAUUACGAAUUUGCAGACCGAGAUUUCGGUUCAUGCCAAGCUAAGGAGCUUCUUGAUCAUCUAGAAAGUGUUCUUGCCAAUGAGCCUGUUUCAGUUAAAAGUGGCCCAAACAUUGUGGAAGUUAAACCUCAGGGUGUGAGUAAGGGCAUUGUAGCGGAACGUCUUCUGAUAACAAUGCAACAAAAGGGAGUGAUUCCGGAUUUCGUUCUAUGCAUUGGCGAUGACAGAUCGGACGAAGACAUGUUUGGAGUAAUAACAAGUGCAAGAGCAUCGCUAUCGCCUAUCGCUGACGUGUUUCCUUGUACUGUUGGUCAGAAACCAAGCAAGGCAAAGUAUUACUUGGAAGACACAAGUGAGAUUUUAAGGAUGUUGCAGGGACUUGCCAGUGCUUCUGAGCAAAGUGCUGCUAGAAAUUCUUCUCAGUUUCCUCAUCAUUAA